GGCCUGAGGGGGGGCACGGCGGCGGGGGCGGAGGGGAGCCCUUCCCGCCUCCCCGCAGGGCGGCGGCGGCGGCGGCAGUGGCGGGGGGGGGGUCCAGGGCUCGGCCCGGCGCUGGCUCCGGUCCCCCCCCGGCGGGAGGAGGAUCCCCCUCCCCGGAGGGUGAGUGCGGGAUCGUCCCGCCGGAGACCAGCACCCGGGCCCGCGUCCGGGGCGAUGAGAGUCUGGACUACCCUGAUGAUUUUUCGGAGUUGAGGUAAUGGCUGAAGUUGGUCGGUGGGAGACGGCUGGAGGCCCAGAGCACGGUCUGGGGGCUGCGCAGCGCUUAUGAUCUGACCCGCAGCCUCUGCCUUUGCUGGGGCCGGCAGGAUGGGGAACAGUGGCUCAGCCGUGAAGGUCUGCACAGACCACCAAGGAGGCAUCAACUGGCUGAGCCUGAGCCCGGAUGGGCAGCGCCUGCUCACGGGCAGCGAGGAUGGCACGGCGCGGCUCUGGAGCACUGCCGACAGCCAGUGCCAUGGCCACUUCCAAGGGCAUGAAAGUUACAUCACCUUUUGCCACUUAGAAAAUGAGGCUGCCUUCACGUGUAGUGCAGAUCAUACCAUUCGAAAGUGGGAUGUGAUGACAGGUCAGUGCCUGGCCAUUUACCGAGGACACACAUCAAUUGUUAACAGGAUCCUGGUUGCCAAAGACUAUCUCUUCAGUGGCUCCUAUGACAGGACGGCUCGCUGUUGGAGCGUGGACAAGGAGAAACAAAUCCAGGAGUUCCGGGGCCAUCGGAACUGUGUCCUGACUCUAGCUCACUAUUCCUCCAGGGAUGUUCUUGAAGAAGAGGAGGAAGAAGAGGAGGAAGAGGAAAAAGUGAGCAGAGACCUCCUGGUGACAGGUAGCACUGACUGCACUGUGAAGGUCUGGUGGGUGUCCAGUGGGCGCUGUUACCAGACUCUGCUGGGACACACUGGGGCUGUCUUAUGCCUUAUACUUGACGCACCAAACAGGGAGCUGUUUUCUGGCAGCACGGAUUACACCAUUCGAACGUGGAAUAUUGUCACUGGUGAGCAGUUGAAAGUGUUCAAAGAACAUCAAGGAUCAGUAAUUUGCCUAGAGUAUUUUCUGGUGAAUGCUGCCAGGUUUGUUAAUGACACAGAGGAGAGAAGGAGGUUAGGCGCUGUACUCCACUGUCCACCAGAAAAUGCUAAUGGUAUAUCUAAAGAAGGGUGUAUGAUGGUCUGUAACUUACUUUCAGGUCAGCAAACCUUAAAUGUUUGUAACUGUAUGUGUCUGACUGAAGUUAAUGACAAUAAUUUUUCUCACUACUCUCCUUGUUUGUCUUUGUCGUCCAUAAGUUUUCCUUUACAGAGGCAACAGCAUGUAUUUUUAAUAGCUGUUUAAUAAAUGUUGCCUUUGUUUCUAAAGAAGAUAGUCAUAGCUGACACUAGCAGACUAAAAACCUGAUAGUACUGGAUGAAUUCUAUUUUCCUUCAGUUUUAGAAAGAAAAAAAAAAGCCACACAAAAUCAUGUUGCCCAGGAGUAAUGUUCGUCUUGCUUGGGUAAAUUCUCAGUGUUAAAGCUUGUUUUUAUGAUAUUGUGGUAAUGUAUUUUGAGGAUGCUCAAGUAAAUCUGUUGCUGUUCUUAGUGUCACGCUAUGUUUCGCUGUUUAAUUGUGACCCUUCUCCAAGGCACAGAUUGGCAACAACAGAGCUUGCUUUAAUUUAAUUGGGUUCUUGCUAAAAUUGUUACACAAAACUGGCUUGACCCUCUCCCAAAAGCCUGGGAAAUUCAAUUACGCUCUUUGAAUGCUCAAGAAUGAGCAAUGCUUCUCUGCUUGUGAGCACAGAGUUAAACAAUGGUUUUAAACAAACAGUACUUCAUGUAGGGGAGAAGAAAAGCAAAACCAAUACAUCUAUUUGGAAAACCUGAACAAUUCAAAGUACACGAGACUGCUGCUGCCAAGACUGUGUUGGCAACAGUCCUGGCCAAAUCUUCUUCUAGCUGCGAGUAACUGGUAGCCCCUCACUUCUCUCAUCACCAGUUGAUGUUUGAGGCUAGAAGAGUCCAGCUGAGGUACAUAUUGCCCCCACAGAGAGCAUUUCAUUUCUAGGCUUCUAAAAUGUAUCCCGGCUUAAGCAGUCACUGUACUGCUGUUGAAUAGCUUUAGGCUGUCGAUCUCUCCUAAUUCCUCCCUCUUCCUUACUGGGUUCAACACUAGCCCUUCUGUUCCACUUGGCUGCCUCUCAGCACAGCCCACAUGGUAUUUUCAUUCUUUUAGAAAGGGGUCAAUCACCAGAAUCCAUACAAAGAUGUUAGAACAGAAGGGAAACUUCCUGAAUAGAGGUGUUUAUUUUUUUAAUUUUUUUGUUUUCUUCUCAAAAAGCUCUUGGAGCCUUUUUUGCCUAGGGCUUCUUAGUGACAGUGUUGCGAUCCGUGGUGGUGGGUUGUAUUUUUCAAACAAAUAGUAUUUUUCAAACUGGGGGUCAGGAAGGACUUGGAGGUAGUUGUGAGUUGCUCACAGUAGCCAGCAGACAGUUCUAACUGUUGACAAUAGUUCAUUUUCUUCAGGGCAGAAGUGAGCUGCUAAUUGCACCAGAUUUUCACUGUCCUGCCCUGGAGGAACUGAGUUGGUACCAGCUAUUAAAGGUAGUUACCUGCUCUCUGGGUGGUUUAAUGCUUUUGUGGAGAGAAUGAAGGGAAAAUAUAAAGACUUAUUUUCAUUUUAUUUAUUCAGAUAAAGAUCCCUAAGGGAGGGUGACCUUUCAAAAAGUUUGAGAAAUGUUCAGUGUGAUCUCUCAUUCUGGACACAGAUCAGGAAAAAAUUUGGAUAUUGAGACCAUAUUUUCCCCAACUUUAAAAAGUACUGUUAUUAACAGGAAUGCCCCAGGAUGUUCUAAAUUGCUGCAAAUUAGGUCUGUACUGUUCCAGUCAUCUCCCCUUACUUUCCAGUAAAUACCAAUAGCGUCGCUGUAGCAGUGAAUGGAAAUUCCUGGAGCUUCUUGAAGGAGCCUUUCUGGGUAGAUACCCAUAAAGCACACUCACAUUUUCCACCUUGCUUCCUUCAGUGCUGGUGUAUGAAAAGCAGAGAGGUGAUGCCACAGGCAUGUUUGGAUUUUGAAUGCUCCUCCAUUGCUCUAAGAUCCUUUAUGUGGUGUUGCCAGCUAGCAUAAGUUAGAGGAGCCCAAAAGCAACUCUAAUCUAGCAUGGCAGAGCAGAAAGCGUAAGUGAGCUUUUAGCUUUCCCUUUUCCCCUGUCCUUGGUGAUCCUAGAGAGUGGGGUGAAGAGGGUGAGCUGCUCAGAUGUUCCCCAGGGCUUGUCCUGCUGGCCCAGGGUCAGGCUGUUGAAGGUGAUUUACCGGCUGAACUGACUGCAUGUGGUCUACUGGCAAAGUAGUUCUGCUGCAGGUACCAGCUUAUUCUAACACCACUGUUCUUUUCCUUCCUCUAUCU